UUCUGAGAUUGCUUUUCGUCAAUUAUCUUCUUUCUUCUUUCUUCUUUCUUCUUUCUUCUUUCUUCUUCUUCAAAGCUGCAACCUUCUUGUUCUGGGGGUUUAGAGAAUUCCUUCAAGAGGAUCAUCAUUGGCAUCUGUGAGAUAAUAAUAAUCUCAGAGCUUCUUCUGUGUGGUAAUAAUAUUCUUAAUUUCCUGAAUCAUCUACCUGCUUCGGGAUUUACGAGAAUUCACGAGGUGGGGUUUUGUUGAAUUAAGCUUCAGGGAAACAGGGUUUUGGUUAUAUUUGAUCUCACUUGACAAAAAAUAGAAAAAGGUUUCACCUUUGAGUAGCUAAUUCUUGACCCUUUUGUGAGCUUGAUUUGGUGCUUCGUUAAGGUUGUACAAGCUUGGAUUGUUGGUGUGUGUGUGUUAUUGAAGUCCUUCACUUUCUUCAUUUGUUGAGUCUGAUCCUUGCAUGCUGGUCUUUGUUGAUCUGUAGAUCUAGUGGGAACAAGAGAAAUCGUUGGAAAGCAACAGCCCUCUUACUUGGAAAACACACACACACACACACACAAGAGUGUUUUUGUAUGACUGGUAUGGAUUUUUCACCUUUGAUAACGGUUCUAGAAAGCGAUUUCAACAUGGACAGUGCUUCUACAACAGAAACUGAUACUUUAGAUGACACUAAGCAAAUGAGCAAAGGAAAACCUCCCAGGCACCUAUCUGCUCUGCAUCAUAUAACAAGCACUACCACUAGUAGUAGGCUUCAGGUUGCAGUCACUGCGGAUUUGGAUGUUUGCAAGUCACCUGAUGAAAAAUCAGUUUUUUUGCCUGUAUACCGAUCAGGAAGCUGUGCUGAACAAGGUGCGAAACAGUUCAUGGAAGAUGAACACAUUUGCAUCGAUGAUCUUGGUCCAUCUCUUGAUUCCUCAUCUCUUUCAGCCUUCUAUGGGGUGUUUGACGGCCAUGGUGGCACAGAUGCAUCACUGUUUGUUAGAAAGAACAUACUGAGAUUCAUUGUAGACGACUCUUACUUCCCACUAUGUGUCAACAAGGCAAUUAAGAAUGCUUUCUUGAAAGCUGAUUACCAAUUUGCAGACGAUUCUUCUCUUGACAUCUCUUCUGGGACCACUGCGCUUACAGCUUUGAUUUUUGGAAGGAGGUUGAUAGUUGCAAACGCCGGUGAUUGCCGAGCAGUGCUCGGCAGAAGAGGCAGAGCAAUAGAGUUAUCCAAAGACCACAAACCAAACUGCAUCACCGAGAAAACAAGAAUAGAAAAAUUAGGUGGAGUUGUGUACGACGGCUACCUCAACGGUCAACUAUCGGUCGCACGUGCCAUAGGAGACUGGCACAUGAAAGGCCCCAAAGGCUCCUCCGACUGUCCUCUAACCCCAGAGCCAGAGCUGCGAGAGGCGGAGCUUAGCGAAGACGACGAGUUCUUGAUAAUGGGAUGCGACGGUCUGUGGGAUGUGAUGAGCAGUCAGUGCGCGGUGACGAUCGCGAGGAAGGAGCUGAUGAUUCAUAACGAUCCGGAGAGAUGCUGUAGAGAGCUUGUCAGGGAGGCUCUUAAACGGAACACGUGUGAUAAUUUGACUGUCAUUGUUGUGUGCUUCUCACCUGAUCCUCCGCAGAGGAUAGAGGUACGAGUGGAGUCACGGGUGAGGCGGAGCAUAUCUGCGGAAGGGUUGAAUCUACUUAAAGGCGUGCUUGAUGGCUAACCCCGUGAGUAUGUUACUUUGUGAGAGGCUAUUGCCGUGUUAGAGAGUGUUACAGGUUGACCAUGUUGUGUAUCCGAGUAUGUUGUUGUUGUUUACCUAUUAUUAGCAUUCAAGGUUCAUUGAGAUUUUAGAUGGAUGCAUGUACUGUACUAUACCCUUUUUGUAAAUAUAUUUUACUUUUUAAAAAUAUAUAAAAUUUUCUUCAUUCA